AUGAUUGGUUCUUUGCCUAUAUCCUGGGAUCAACUAAUUGAAAUAGUAAAUAGAAAUGAUAUUGACAAGCUUUAUCGAUCACGCGAUUGCAAGAAAUGCUACGACAUGCACAAACAACAUCUCAUUUAUCAAGGCAGUUCUGUUGAGAACUAUGUGCUUCAAAAAUUGAAGUGGCACAAGGGAGAUGACGGAAACUACUUUGGAGAGUCGUCUCGACCCUACCAUGUAGAACGUAAUCAGUUUCCUUACUUUUUUACACCGGAUUUGGUUCACUUGGUAGCUUGGCUGAAAACUGAGAUCCCUCCAGAUCCUCAUUCACCACUGGGAGAUAUUUCGGAGGAAACCAGGAAAAGAUUAGAUGCAUUGAUAACCGAGUUGUUUGUUUUAAGAGUUGGCAUAGAUCGAUCCCGACUAAUAUGGUUCCGUAAUUGGGGAGCGUUACAGAGUAUAAAAGCGGUACCACACAUUCAUAUUGUAGUAAAAAACUUGAGUAAAGAGGAAGAAUUUAAGAUCUCUACUGAGCUGUAA